CCUGUUCUCCUUCCGUCCAGCAGGGGGCGCAGUGGCCUCCUGCAUAUAAAGGCGGCCGAUCAGAGGGGGCGUUUCUGUGGGGGCUUCAUGUGUCGAGCUCAUUUUCUGCUUCAGACUCAGAGACAGGAGCACAAAGGAGACGCUGCUGCUGCUGCGUCCAUCCAUCCGUCCAUCCAUCCAUUCAUCCAACCGUCCAUCCAGCCGUCCAGCAGGAUGGACGGCUGCCUUCAGCUCCUCUCAGUCGUGCUGCUGAUGUCAUCGUGGUGCGUUCAGGGCCACCGGGUCAGCCUGUCGCCCAGGCGGCCUCUGCUCCGGCUCGGCUCCCACCAGCACAUGGUCUGCCAGGUCCACGACUGUCCCACAGAACCGAGCAUUACCUGGGCCACCGUCAACGACCGACCCCUGAGGGCGUCCAACAGCGCCAACAGAACCCACUCCACUCUGACCUUUGACCCCGUUAAGAUAGAAGACGAAGGGCAGCUGACGUGUAAGGCCAGAUGUGGAGAUGGACAGGCGGAGAGCCGAGCCUCCGUCGGUGUUUACUCGUUCCCCUCGGACCCUGAGAUCGCCGGGCAGGACCGCCUCAGAGACCGCGUGGAGGCGACCCUCACCUGCCAGGUGCCCAACCUGUACCCCGCCUGGGACCUGAACCUCACCUGGGUCCGAGGAGACACGGUUCUGAAGAGCACCAGAGGGUCUGGGUCCAGCUCCUUCCGCUUCCUGCCCCUCAGGGAGGAUUCGGGAGGGAGCAUCACCUGCAGGGCGACGCUGGAGCUGCCGGGUCUGCCGUCGGACUACAGGACCAGAGAGACCACCACAACCCUGAAUGUCCGCUAUGCUCCAGGCCUCAUGAACAUCUCUGACCCGGUGGCGGUGAUGUCCGGCUCGCCGCUAACUCUCAGCUGUUCUGCUGAGGGAAACCCCGAGCCGACCAUCACCUGGACGGCAGGCGGUCGCCCUCUGCCCGGAGGUCGCGGAGGUCAGCUCAUCCUAUCGGCGGUGAAGCUUUCCGACGCCGGACGGUACGAGUGUGAAACCAGAAACUCAGAAGGAAACCAGACUGCAGCUGUAAACGUCACAGUUUUAGCUCCGCCCACCAGCACCUCCCUCUCAGUGGAUCCAGGUGAGGAGGUGGUGGAGGGCCAGCAGGUGAAUUUCACCUGCAGCUCUGAAGGAGCUCCGCCUCCCAGCCUGGUUCUGAGGAGAAAAGGGGAGGAACUUCUGAGGACUGACUCCGCCCCCCUGCUCAGCUUCAGCCUUCCCUCCGUGUCCCUGGAAGACUCCGCCCACUACGAGUGUGAAGCCUCCAACCAGUAUGGCUCCCAGCAGGAGUCCAGGUCUAUCACUGUGAGCGCUCACCCGCUGCAGCUGUAUUCCAGUCCUCAGGUGUCAGCGGAGCGCGGCUCGGCUCUGAUCCUCACCUGUAACGCCUCUGGCUGCCUCCACCCGCCUGCCUUCAGCUGGAGGAGGACGGACCGGAACCGGACCCUCCUCCAGAGGACGGAGCCGCAGGAUGGCCAGUCCCACCUCCACCUGCUGAACCUUGACCUCCGGCAUCAGGGAGGCUACAGCUGUGAGGCCGAGUGCGACUCGGUCAUCAGGACCAGAGAGAUCCACGUCCAGGUCUACUCGUUCCCAUCUGACCCUGUUCUGGAGGAUCCCGGUCCGGUCCAGCUGGGCCAGGAGGUCCAGCUGCGCUGUGAUGUCACCGACAUCUUCUCGGCCAAUCAGCUGCGGUUCCGCUGGCUGUCGGGGAACCGGACUCUCAUGGCGGAGAUGCACAGGUUCUCCGGCUCCCUGCAGAACGUCUCGUCCGUCCUGCAGCUGAAGGCGGAGGAGGCGGCGCGGGUCGUGACCUGCAGCGUGGAGCUGCUGACGGCGGACCGAGACGUCUGGAGGUCCAGAGGAACCAGCGUCCCUCUGCAGAUCCACUAUCCUCCGAGGUCGACCGUCCUGUCCGUCUGUCCAGGUGAGGAGGUGCUGGAGGGCCAGCGGGUGACGCUGACCUGCCGUUCGGAUGGCGCUCCGCCCCCCGCCGUGGUGCUGAGGAGAAAUGGGGAGGAGCUUCUGAGGAGCGACGCCAACUCCUCUUCCUUGCUUUCCCUCAGCAUCUCCUCCACCCUGCUGGAGGAGUCGGGCCUCUACCAGUGUGAAGCCUCCAACCAGUACGGCUCCCAGUUGGUCUCCAAUUUCAUCACCGUCAAAGCUCCCCCGAGGAACACUACCGUCCACAUCUUUCCUUCUACGGAAGUCCAGGAGGGCCAAAAUGUGACUGUGUGCUGCCAAACCAUCAGCUUCCCUCCACCGGCGGUGAUCCUGAAGAAGCUGAGCAACGGGACUGAGCUGUUCUCCACCAGCGGCACCUUCCUGUUGGUCAACGUCACUUCCAGCGACUCGGGCUUGUACCAGGUCAACGUCAGCAACGACCUGGGCUCCGAGGUCAGAGUCUUCAGCAUCAGAGUCAGAGAGGUCAGAACCGGAUUUCCUCCCGGUUUGAGCAUCAUCCUCAUCUCAGCCGCCGGCGUCGCCGCCGGGCUGACGGCCUCCGCUCUGAUCCUCGACUACAUGAGGAGAUCCAGGAAGAAAGGCUUCUACCAGCUGCCGCAGUCCGCGCCGCCGUCAGCCUGAAGCUAGCAGUGAGCUAACAGACUCUAAAACAUGGCUGCUUCUCCUUCGGCCCUCUGGGACAUCUGAACGAGUUGCUGAAGUUUUACAGCGUUGGUGUCUGAUAGCAGCAGGAAGAGGAGGCGGGGCUUUGAGUUGCUGAAAUGUGGCGACGGAGCGACUGACUGAAGAUGUGAGGAGGCGAUCUCUGGCGCUUUUCUGCUCUGAUUUCCUGCAUAACGUCGUCGUGUGACUGAAGCUAAUCUCCCUCUGGAUUCAAGCUUUCUCCAGAGGUCCCGCUUUUCCCAGCAUACUUUGCUCCAACGCUGGUGUUUUCCCUCACAGAGUUCCUGUUUUUAGUCACAUUUAAAUGUUUGAGAUAGUCAAAAUUAAUAUCAAACAGAGAUAAGAAGAGACAACUGUUUGAUAAGUUUAUUUAUUAAGGUAAAAAGUAACCAGACCAGCCUGGAUUUUUGUUAAAGUAUUUAACUCUCUUGUCAAAUCAAAAACAAUUUUUUGUAAAUAUCAUUCGUUAGCUAAAAAGUUAGCUGUGCUAGCCUUGUAGCACUAAUCAUUAGUAUUAGUGCCUCUGAUGCUAAAGUGCUACACUAGCAUGGUAUUUAGCAGAAGCUAAUGCUAAAGCUAACUCCCGUGUUGCUUCGACACACUGAAACAUUUAAACAGGUAAAAACCUGUCAGGAUGUGAAAACCAAACUCUCUGCGUUUAAACGUGUCGCUGCCUUUUCCCCAUUUCUACCUCAUCUUCCUUUGAACCUCUGUCACGAGCCCAGCGGUAACCAUGGAAACGUAAAUACUCCUUGCACAUCUGGAAAGGCAGCUGUCCGCUCUGCUUGUAUUUCCCAGCUGAUGCUCCAGAUCCAUGUAAAAAGCUGAAAAGUUUCGCUGUGUGUUUGGUACUGUCCUGUUUAUUAGCGCUGCUCGGUUCCCCUCUCCUUGUUUUUAAUAAAGAUAUUUAUUUCCUGCCUCUUCCUCUGCGACCUCAUCAUCUGAUAUCUUGGGAUUUGUAUUUUCUGGGAAUUCCCUGUGAUUUUCCCCCCAGCUUUUACUUUUGCUUCUGCUGCAGUUUACUGGAAAUCUCCAGGUCGUUUCCGGCGGUUACCGUGGCGACGGUGGUAACUUUCCACGGUUUCUGGAGAGAAAAACGGCUUUUUGCUCAGGUUAUUAUUUAAUUCACGAUGAUGAGAUAAAAAUAAAAACUUCGUCUCUAAAUAACCAGAAGUUGUUUUCAGUGCAGAUUAAACCAGGUUAGUUUGAAUCGUUUCUCCAGAUGAUUUUAAAGGAG